AUGUCCGGCACAUCCCCAGUCAUCCUUAUCCUUGGAGCAGGACCAAAUAUCGGUCAGGCAGUUGCUCGGACUUUUGCUUCGAGAGGCUAUAAGGUUGCCCUCGCUUCGCGAUCAUUAAAGGAGGCAGACAGCACGGAUAAUCAACUAAACAUCAAGAGUGACUUCGCUAACUCCGACGAUGUUGUCAACGCUUUUAAAAAGGUUAAUAAAGUAUUUGGUAUCCCCAGUGUAGUCGUUUAUAAUGUCAGCGCCUCGACGCUCACCCCACCUCAGGACCCCUUCGCCCUCCCACUGGCCGCUUUCAAUGAAGACGUAGCAAUCAAUGUCACCAGUGCUUUUGUCGCCGCGCAACAAGCUACUUUGGGGUUUGCACAGCUUCCUGCUUCUGCUUCAAGGACAUUCAUCUACACGGGAAACAUCUUGAACAUUACCAUCCUCCCGUCAUUUCUCGACCAAGGCAUGGGAAAGUCCGCCGGCGCACAUAUGGUUUGGGCUGCUUCAGCCGCAUAUAAAGACCGUGGAUUCAAGUUUUAUUAUGGCGACGAACGGAAGGCAGAUGGGACAGCUAUAUAUAGGGUCAAUGGAGAUGCGCAUGCGAAACUCUACUGGGAGCUUGCGGAGGAAAAGACCCAUGGUCCAUGGUUGCAGACAUUUGUCAAGGGCGUGGGUUACACGAAGUUCGACAGUCAAUAUGCGUCUUCCAGCUAA